UAGGUGAAGAUAUAAUUUCAGUUUUUCAACACUGUAUAUUCAUGGCAUCAACGCUGGUAGUGAUGCCCCAUUUCCCUCUUUUUAAACCGCAUGUUCACACUCGGAUACCUACAAUCAGCACCGUCUUUUCACGCGCCGCCGCGAACGCAAUGGCCACCACUGCUCACGACACGGUGGUGCAAUACAUUGUGCUGCGGAGGGACCUAAUCGACACGUGGCCGCUGGGGAGCGUCGUAACGCAGGGCUGCCAUGCCUCCGUCGCCGCCGUUUGGACUAACAGAGACGAUCCCGACACUCUCUCCUACUGUUCUCCUUCCAAUCUAGAUUCUAUGCACAAGGUCACUCUUGAAGUGAAGGGUGAAACUCAGUUAUUAAAUUUGUCGGAGAAGCUAAAAGCUGGUGGCGUCGCUCAUAAACUGUGGAUAGAGCAACCGGGGAACAUUGCCACUUCCCUUGCCACCAAGCCUUACCCCAAAUCCACUGUAUCAUCAUUUUUCAAAAACCUUAAGCUCUACAGGGAUGGGUAGCACUACUCUUUAGGUUCCGCAUACAAGGAAUAGAAGAUGACUCGUGACCUUACUAAAAUAUGGAUGCUCAUAUAGUUAUCCAUGGUAUUGAAAAUAAAGUGACAGAUCCAAGAGCUCAAACCCAAUCGGGAGGUGUAAAAGAAAAUAUAUUUUGGGCAACUUGAAAUUUUUGUUCGAGGAUGGCACCCCUUCUUUCUAUUAUAGAUGACUGAAUAUGUUAACAUUAUAGAUCCAUCCGAAUGUGUGAAUCCAAAAAAAAAAAGUAAACUAUAUGAUGUCGAAACUUUUGGUAUGUCUUU